UUUUACACGCCGCGCCUUAUAUGCCGCAACAAUGACGGCCACACGACCAGUUCCCCUGUGAAACUCACUAUAUCAGCUUUUGGUGAGGACGUUUUUCCGGAAACGGUGCUAUAUUUCAUCGCCAAAAGAUAAAGGCAGUGCUUCUCAGUUCAUCUCCCACAUCGUCCCGGAGUUGCUGCAGUCGAUGCUGCAGUUUCCCAGCUCUCUUACUACACGCGUUGUGUGCUGCGACAGCGACUCAAUGAAAGAGACAUGCUCGCCUUCGUUCUCGUUUCUGGGUCUAUCUGGAUUGUUUUAGAGCUGAGUUCCACUCUGAUAGAGAAGAUGCAGGCCCAGGAGUUGCUGCGCAGCUUCCAUCUCCCGGACCUGGAUGAAUUCGGCCAGUUCCUCCGCUCGCUCCCGACCUCCGCCCUGGUGGGCAUCGGGACCCUGGCCGCUGUGCUGGGCUAUUGGCUCGCCACGCGCCCCCGUGCCAUCACACCUCCGUGUGACCUCCAGCGGCAGUCGGAGGAAGUGCAGCACGAGGACGGGGCGCGCCGGUCCAUGCUGGGGGACAGCCCCAAGCUACUGACCCACUACCACGAUGAUGCCAGGACCAUGUACGAGGUUUUCCAGAGAGGCCUGCGUAUCACUGGUGAUGGCCCUUGCUUAGGCUCCCGGAAACCGAAUCAGCCCUACACAUGGCUGUCCUACAAAGAGGUCAUCCUCCGGGCUGAACACCUUGGGUCGGGGCUUCUGCACCUGGGCUGCAAGCCGAAGCCGGACCAGUUCAUUGGGGUGUUUGCGCAGAACAGGCCGGAGUGGAUAAUUGCGGAGCUGGCCUGCUACACGUACUCCAUGGUCGUUGUGCCUCUUUAUGACACCUUGGGACCAGAUGCUAUUCGCUUUAUCAUCAACACUGCGGAAAUUUCCAUAGUCAUCUGCGACAAGCCGGAGAAGGCGCAAGUUCUGCUGGGAAACGUGGAGCGGCGGGACACCCCGGGGCUGAAGAGGAUCCUCCUCAUGGAGCCCUUCGACUCCCUCCUCGCGGAGCGCGGCGAGAAGUGUGGCGUGCAGAUCCAGGCCCUGACGGAGGUGGAGGCCCUGGGCAUGGAGCACCACCGGAACCCUCUGCCUCCCCAGCCGGAAGACUUGUCCAUUGUUUGCUUUACCAGCGGGACCACAGGAAACCCGAAGGGAGUGAUGCUGAGCCACGGGAAUGUUGUGGCAGAUUUCUCUGGCUUCCUGAAAGUCACUGACAAAGUUAUUUUCCCCAACCAGGAUGAUGUCCUGAUAUCCUUCUUACCCCUCGCUCAUAUGUUUGAGCGCCUUAUCCAGUCUGUAGUUUACUGUCACGGGGGACGGAUCGGAUUCUUCCAAGGAGACAUCCGGCUUCUCGCAGAAGACAUGAAGGUCCUGAGGCCUACCAUAUUUCCCGUGGUCCCCCGGCUGCUCAACCGCAUGUAUGACAAGAUCUUCAGUCAGGCUAAACAUCCAGUCAAGCGCUGGUUGCUCAACUUUGCAGCCCAGAGGAAAAGCGCGGAGGUUCGGAGCGGGAUCAUCCGCAGCGACAGCGCGUGGGACAAGAUUUUCUUCAGCAAGAUACAGGCCAGCUUGGGCGGACGGCUGAGGAUGAUCGUGACGGGAGCUGCCCCCACCUCCCCGAUUGUGUUGGGUUUCCUCAGAGCGGCACUGGGUUGUCAGGUGUACGAGGCCUACGGUCAGACUGAGUGUACAGCAGGCUGCACCUUCACCACACCCGGCGACUGGACCUCAGGUCACGUUGGAGCUCCCCUGCCCUGCUGCUUGAUCAAGCUGGUGGACGUACCGGAAAAGAACUACUUUGCAGCGAAGGGAGAGGGAGAGGUGUGUGUGAAAGGACCAAAUGUGUUCAAAGGCUACCUCAAAGACCCCGCGAAGACGGCAGAGGCUUUGGACUCGGGGCAGUGGCUCCACACGGGAGACAUCGGGAAAUGGCUGCCUAAUGGCACGUUGAAGAUCAUUGACAGGAAGAAGCACAUCUUCAAGUUGGCCCAGGGCGAGUACAUCUCCCCAGAGAAGAUUGAGAACAUUUACAUUCGCAGCGAGCCAAUCGCACAGCUGUACGUGCAUGGAGACAGUCUGCAGUCCUGCCUCGUGGGCAUCGUGGUUCCCGACCCGGACGUGUUUCCUGCCUGGGCAAAGCAGAAGGGUUUUGAUGGUUGCUAUGGAGACUUGUGCAAAAAUGCGGAGCUGAAGAAGGCCAUUAUGGACGACAUGGUGCAGCUUGGGAAGGCCAGUGGGCUCCACUCAUUUGAGCAGGUCAAAGACAUAUACCUUCACGGCGAGAUGUUUUCCAUCGACAACGGCCUGCUGACGCCCACAUUGAAGGCUAAGAGACCAGAGUUGAAAGAGUUUUUCAAGGACAAGAUUGAGGAGCUGUACAGCAACAUAUCCAUGUAAAUCCCAUUAAAUCGACACCCUGGUUUGUCGGACCUUUAGCGGUGUUGCUGACCACGAACCGUUUGCCCUUAAUUUCUCUUCGGAACUCAGAUAAACAAAAUUAAAUCGGUAAAGGACCACGAUGGAGGAAGCGAUACGAUUCCGUGUUUUUUUUUUUUCCCGUCCAUCACUUAGCAUGGCUUUCGGUGUGCAUGUCAGGAACAGCAAAGCUAAGGCCAGAUUAGACCUGAUAACUGGACCCUGAACCCGCC